CGGGAAUGCAGCUCAACCUUGACCGUCCGGGCUUCUGAAUCGUUGGCCUUUCGGAUUGCUUGCGGCUGGCCGCGGGGAGCCGUGCCUGCCUGGAUCCACUCCGAAGACCGCCACGCCACUGGGCUAAAAUGUUUGCGAAAUUGAAAAAGAAAAUCGCCGAAGAGGCCGCCGUCGCCCCGCGGCCCGGAGGGGCCGCCCGAAUCCCUAGGACGGGCAGCAAGGAAUCGAUAACCUCCAUGGGAGCGGACUCGGGGGAUGACUUUGCUUCUGAUGGAAGCAGCUCCAGAGAAGAUCUUUCAUCUCAACUCUUUAGAAGAAAUGAACAGAUCCGGAAACUAGAGGCCAAGCUUUCUGAGUAUGCUGAACAGGUCCGAAACUUGCAGAAGAUGAAAGAGAAGCUUGAAAUUGCAUUAGAAAAGCAUCAGGAUUCUUCUUUGAGGAAACUUCAAGAGCAAAAUGAGACGUACCAGGCAAACAGAGCCAAAAUGGCAGAAGGAAUGGCUAUGACUUUAGAAAAAAAGGACCAGGAAUGGACUGAAAAGUUGACUCAGCUUGAAAAGGAAAAAAGGCUUCUCACAGCUCAGCUAGAGAAAAUGAAGGACCAGAGCUUGAAUCUUUUCCAAAAGAGAGAUGAAAUUGAUGAACUAGAAGGUUUUCAGCAGCAAGAAUUGGCUAAAAUUAAACACAUGCUUUUGAAAAAGGAGGAAAGUCUGGCCAGAGCGGAAGAAGAACUGAAGAUGAGAACCAGUGAACUCAGCCACAUCAGGGAGGAGCUGCUGGCUUCUAGUCACCUGUCAAGCGAUCUGAGCCGGGAGCUGGAGGCAUUACAGAAGCGGUACUCGGCGCUGGAAGAGCAGAGGGCCGACUUGAUGGCGGCAGAAACAGAUGCAGAAAGCAAGAUCGCUGCCUUGGAGCAGAGGGGAAUGGAAUUACAGGCAUCCAUUCAGCAACUUUCUGGGGAUCUGCAAAAGGCCCAGGGUGCUGCAUCUGUUUCUGAGAAGAGAUUGGGCAUCCUGCAGGCUGAGCAUGAAUCACUGAAGCUCGAGAACGAGCAGCACAAACAGAAGAUGGCUGUUGAAGCUGAAGAGAGAGGGAAACUCAUUGAGCAUUUACAGGAGAAGGUCCUGUCUUUGGAGAAGAGACUAGAAGGAAACUUAACGGGGGACGAACAUGUGCAGGAAUUACUUAAAGAGAAAACUGCGGUGGAGCAGAAGUUGGAUGACACUAGGCAGCAGCUUUUGGCAGCUAGAACCAGUCAUGCUGAAACUGUCAGUGUCCUGGAGACCCAGAUCUCCAAACUGAAUGGCCAAGUCACUGAGGGACAGGCACAACUGAACGAGCAAGAAGAAUUUAUAAAAGGAUUCCGAGAUCACAGCGCGAGUCAGGUGAUGAAACUUGAGCAAGCACUACAGGUUUCUGAAGAGAAGCUAAAGAGGAGCAGUGAAAUAGUGAGUGAGAAAGAAGUACAGAUCAAAAAGCUCCAAUCUGAUGUGGAAAUGGAGAGCAGCAAAUGGCAGCAGGAGAUCUCAACCCUGAAACAACAAAGUGAAGAACAGGUUAAUCAACUGAAGGCUCAAAUAACUACCUUGAAAACUAAUCAGACAGCGACACAAGGCAUGAUAGCAGAGCUAGAGAACGAGAAUGCUGGCCUCAAAGAAAACAGAAAUGAAUGCGAAAGUUCUUUACAAAAUCAGAAGCUUGAGUUGGAGAGACUGAAGGAAGAGUGGAACAAGAGAGAGACUGUCAGUGUGGAAAUUGCCAAAGCCUUAGAAGAAACCCGAAAGCACAAAGAAGAUCUUCAGCGGCAGGUUGCUGAUCUGAUGGCGUCAGUGAACGAGAAGGACAGAUCUCUCGGAGAAAAAACUGAAACCAUCCUUCUGCGAGAGGAGGAGAUAAGCCAGCUCAAACAAGGUCAUGAGUCCGUCAUCCUACAAGUGCAGCAGUUGCAGAGUGACCUCGAGGAGUGCAAGAGCAAAGCAGCGGAGAGAGAAGAAGCCGCAGGGCAGCAGAUCAGGGCGUUGAGGUUGCAGAUUCAAGAGCAGCAAGAGGCCAGAGUCAGUGAGCUCAAGGGAGCUGCUGUAGAAGACACAGGAAAAGCCCAAAGUGAGUGUUUGUACCCAUCUGAAGGUGGUGAAAGAACCCCGAAUGGCGAUGUCGAAGCUGUGCAUGUAUUACAACUACAGAAAGAAAACCAAGACCUGGAACAGCAGGUUAUAGAGAAAAACAAGACUAUAAAGCACCUGCAGCAGAGGAUGACAGAGCUCAAGAAGACUCUGCAGAAGGAACUGAAAAUAAAGCCUGAUAAUGAGAUCUUUGACGUUCGAGGAGAGAAGCCCAACCCUGAAAUGCCGCCUGCUUCCGCAACCGUCACCAAUAACUCGGAUUUGAAUGACUCGAGGGAGAUUAACUUUGAAUACCUUAAACACGUGGUUUUAAAGUUCAUGUCCUGUCGAGAAUCGGAGGCUUUUCACCUCAUUAAAGCCGUGUCUGUGCUACUCAAUUUUUCACAAGAGGAGGAAAACAUGCUCAAGGAAACAUUGGAGUAUAAGAUGUCGUGGUUCGGAUCAAAGCCGUCUCCCAAAGGCAGCAUCCGGCCAUCCAUCUCGAACCCCAGGGUACCGUGGCCCUAAAAGGGAACCUGACAAAUGGAAACUCCAUGUGCGGCCGCUUUUUCUGUGAAAAUGACACUGAACACACACCGGUUCGGGUGGGUUUUAAUCACUGUAAUUGCAGUAUUUUGUACACGCCUUCUGAAAUGUUGUUUACAGGAAAAAUGAUGGUUAGAGCUUCUUUCACUGUGGCCUGACAGGCACCUUAGCUGCGGGAGGUGGCCGGUCUGCUGGGAGCCCGGGACGAGGGGACCAUCCCUUGAGGGCCACUGUUCAUUUUGGAGUAGCGGAGAGCCUGACUUCUCCCCCUGUGCUGCUGAAUCUUGGUUUUGGGCACCUUAGAGUUUGGCUACGCUGGUUCUGGCCAUUAAAACUACAGCCCCGUUUAUCAGAAAGGAGAAAUCUCGGCCCCGCUGGCGUCUCAGGUGAAGUUAAACAAUGUAGAUGACCCAGACGCACACUCCCGCAAUCACUUUAGGAGCUGCCGAACUCCUUUGGUUGCCUCUCUCUAAGCAAAACGUACACCCCAACUCUGUUUUCUUUGGAAAGAUGUAACGAGGGGGGUGAUCUGCCGGCACUUAGUCCCUUUUUAAGUUAGCGAUCCGAGAUGAAUUGGGAAAUUUUUCAAACCCCGGAAGGUAGGAUUUUCUACUUCCUCCUCACUCCAGCACCCAGUUACCGACUUGACUUGACAAUGUGUGCAUCUCAAACGAUACGACUUAAGGUGCCCAGUAUUAGGGCAUAGUGUUGAUUAAUUUGGGGGAAUGUACAGCUCCCCGGAGGGAUCAGAUUUUACUUUUCUUAAAGAAAAAAAAUGCAACAUUUUAAAAGGUCUUAAUUUAGUACCUAAUACACUUAAUCGCCUUUUAAAUGAACGUACUGGUCUCGAACAGGUUGCUGGGUAAACCAUUUUUAAAUACACUUUUUAAACCUGAAUUUCACUGUGUUACUAUAAACAAUUUAUUCUGAAUUGAAAAAUCAGUUUACCGGUAUUCUUAAAGGAAAAUUAAAGAACUUCUCAAAUGUGAUUGUUUCUCCUACGGUUUCUGUAGCACUAUCAGACAUCUGCUUCCUUCAGAAGCAGUCCUGAUAUUUCACCUGUAGCUGGAACGUGGUUUGCUACUUAACUCUCUGCUUAGGUUACAUUGUAAAUAAAAACCUUCACAGAAAUGUUAACUCCCUUUUUCUAAGUAAACGUACACUUUUUGUCCAAUCCCAGCAGAAAUUUUCCCAUUGCCUUUUGAUGAAAAUUUAAAUGAAAAAUCAGAAGUUGCAGUUUAUCUGCCUUGUUUUUAGGUAAAAAAAAAAAAAAAAAAAAAAACCCAAAAACCCAGUAUCGUAUUUAUAAAUGCACUACGUAUUGUAAAUAAAAAUAUACAAUUUAUAAAGCUAACUAAACUAAGGUACUUGAUAUUUUGAAACAUGUUCUUUGGGUGAAUGCUAAAUAACUAUUUAUUAAGAAAAAAGUCAACGUGCGUUGAGACAAACUAUAAAGAUGCUUCUCUAUUAAAGGAAAGACACUUUGAGAUAAUGAAAUUUUGCUUUUACAAAAACAUUUGAUAAAAGUAAAAUGACAUGAAAAUAUAGUCAUACUGUUUUACCUCAUUUUUGAGUAUUUAUCUGCCAUUCUCCCAUUGAUCUUUCACAGCAUUAUACUGAUCUUCAGAUCUACCCCUAAACAAUUAAUGCAUUCUUGCUUUCCAAUAAAGCAUUAAUACCCGGAGCACGAUUUUAAUUCUGGUUUAUAAUUCGCAAUCUUGAAAGCAUCGGUCUUUCUUUCCUUGUUAAAAACGCCAUCCUUGGCCAGCCCAGCAUCGCGGCCCAUCAGGUCCAAAGAUCAGCUAUUCCUGCUUUUCUGUUUCCUCCUAAUCUUGUCUUAAUCAAGAUUUCUCAGCAUUGUCCCUGACCUUCACAUUCAUGAAUGGCUGUGGAUCCCAACGCAGAUUUAUAAAGAUAUUUCUGUUGAAUGGCUUUCUUUUAGCUCCCGCUCAGUCCCCUCAUUUGCCGUCGUAUUGUCCUUUUAGUGCCUUCUGUACCACCGUCAGUUGGGCUGCCUUCCAUUAUCAUUUUCAGCAGAGAAGAACCUUCCCCUCGUUUUUCUCUCUCUGGCAGGUGUGCUUUAAAAUUCCAGCCCCACUUUGGUUCUGUUCCCGUUUUUCAAAAGUUAGCAUAAAAGAUGAUCGCACUAAAGGUGCCCAGCCUCCAUCCUUCACAUCCAAAUAAGUAAUUUCAUACUGUCAAUUCCAUGUCCCCAUAGGAUGGAAAAGCCUUGAAAAUUGUCCUCCAAAAGUUUCCGUCACUGACCGGGCAUUACUGACAUAGAAAAAAAAAAUGAAGAAGAAUGAAGCUAAUCGAGCAGUUUUUAAAGAGAUAAUUUCCAAAAUUUGCUUGGCUUCAUUCUUCUUUGAGCCUCUUGAGUUUUACUCCGCAGUUUUUCUUGUACCAUCUUGUCCCCCAAAAUGAGAGCCCUAAAACCUUUUCCCCGGACCCUUCCAGAAUGAAGAUGAAUGAAGCUAAUCGAGCAGUUUUUAAAGAGAUAAUUUCCAAAAUUUGCUUGGCUUUAUUCUUCUUUGAGCCUGAGUUUUACUGCGCAAUUUUUCUUGUACCAUCUUGUCCCCCAAAACGAGAGUCCUGAAACCUUUUCCCCAGACCCUUCCAUUUUUAACCCCUUGACCUCUUUCUGGGUGACUAUCCUUUCCACCCUCUUAUAAUCCCGCCUUUGCCUCUUAGAAGCCUGCAUAUUUUCCAUUCAUCCCGAAAGCAGCACUGCAUCUCUUGCGCUUCUGCUACAUUUAGACGGUCAACCUCAUAAACUGUUACUGACUCCCUUUGGCACUUCUUGCGGCACUGCCACUCCAAAGGUAAAUCAGGCUCUGCCUCAGUCCCUUCACAGUGCCCAUCUCCUCACCAAACCGGCAUUCGUCUUGUGGGGGAAUCCCUUGUACGUUGAACUCCCACAGCUUGGGCUGCUCCCAGCCACACCUAGGCCUGUCGGUACUUUAGUUAGAAAGCUAAUACCCAUUCUUUCUCAAAUCUUUUCCUGGUUAAAACUAGCUAAUAUUCACCCCAGCUUCUUUCCUUUCAUGGCCCCCCUCAAUUUUCCCUUGUUUGACCGUGUGGCCCGAUAACCUUUCUGGCUUUUAUUGUCUUCGGUAUCCCUCGGAUCACAUUGGCACCGGCAUUUAAGAAUGAGUGGCCUCCCAUUCUUAAUGUCUUCUUUUUUCAUCUCUUCUUAUAAAGCUGGAUGAUGAUGCCAUGUCCCGUCGAUUUUCUUUUUUACCAUCUUGCUCUCCCAGAGUUUAUUAAAAACUGGAACUGGUUUGCACAGCAUAUAUAUACAU